ACAGACCCAACAGACCCUGUUGGCCACUGGGAAGACCUCGAAACCUGGCUAAGUGUUGCAACAGACAGCCUCCUACCUAAGGCUGCUGAAACACUGAGGCAUCAGACACAAGACCAACUGGAUCACAACAUAGCAAUCCUCAUGAAACAAGACCCAAGUCAGAGCUACAAUCACAAAGAAUUAGCAAAGAUCACCAGCUCCUUAAGCCACACACUCAUCGCCACCCUCAAGCUGAGCGACAGGCACGCCGCCCAUCUCCAGCAGGAGCUAACACGCGCACAACGACGCGUCGAGCAGCUAGAACUGGAGGCUCAGGAACGACAGGAAGGGCAUGAUGAAGUGGAACAAGGCGCCGAGGAAGAGAUCACUAGGCUAAAAGAAACCCUAGCAGCCGCUAUCCAAGAAAUGGAACGAGGCAAGGCUGACCACGCUGAUCUCUCCAGCAAGCUACAAUAUGCCGAACAGCUCCUGGAAAAGGCAAAGGCCGACUUCAGAGACAAGAACGGCCGAAUUAAAGCCCUUGAAACUCACCUGGAUGAGUCAAGAAACGAGAUCAGUCGCCUAACACUACAGCUGGACUACAUCAAAGAGAAGUCCGACAGCAUCAGAGAGGAACUCAGACAUGCCUACGAGCUGCACCCUGAGCCUACAUGGACACGACGGGCACCAGUCUCACCCCUGCCGAGCAGGACCAGGUCACCUGUUCCUGGACUGACGCGUGAGGAAAAGGGGGAGGGGGCAGUGCUGAAACAUUCACCAGCUCCCUCUGAAGAACUUUACCUCACGACAAAGAUAAAAGAACUUGCUCCAGCCAGCCACAGAUCAUCGCAUGGCUUGGACCUCAAAGACCUCAACAAGCUCGCUAGAAACAUUGUCAAAUUCACCCCAAGUGUGCCAGGUAGCCAGGAUGUCCAAGCUUAUCUGCAAGACGUCGAUUUCCAUCUGGAAAUGAGACCCAAUGUCACUGACAAAGAUAGACUCUAUUUGCUCCGAACAACAUCCAGCCCUGAAGCGCGCAGCUUCCUGGACCGGCAGCCUGCUCACACAAAAACUGAUUACUACCUGCUCCGAGAAGCCCUUAUUAAAGAAUUCGCUGACCCUGAGUCAAAACAAGGACUAGUGGCUCACAGUGUGCGCAUCCCGACAAGCCCAAAUGCACCACCCACAUUUGCGUGA